AUGAAGGUGUACGAGGCGUGCUGCUUCAACGAGCCGCAGGGGGGUCUGGAUGGCCUUGUAGGAGAGGGGGGCGAAACGGAGGCGGAGCGGAAACACAAGGAUAAGAGGGGGGAGGCAAGGGUGUGCGGGCUUGUGCGGGCUGGAUGCAAAGCUCUGCAGAAACGGGGGUCCGAGCAGGCUGGUGUGCCGGAGCGCUUCAAAGAACACUGCGCUCGCCUCGAGCUUAAGCCAAACCUCGUUGCCUUCAAAGGGCAUCGGUACUUAGCGCUGUACCGGAACUCGGGGGAGCUCCUAAGGCUGCAAGGCGCCAUCCUCGAUUUCCUCGACGGCAGGGAGGAUCGGGGCAAGUCUGUCUGGGAGUUGAUCCACGGCGGGCCUCUUAACAAGCUCCUUCUUGCCGUCCGAGAUGGGUUCCGGUACCCGCUCAUGCUGGCGGGGCUGAAAACUCUUGGUCUUUUGGAGAAGCAGGCGGCAGGGCGCAUUAUGAUGGCGUUCAAGCGAAGUGGGCACAUUCUGGAUGCCAACACUCGUUACCUCGAGAUGCGGAAGAAGUUCACGCGAUGGUCAAAGGAUGCGACCGCGUUCCUGGAAGGGGAGUUGCUGUUUCCGGACUUGGGGGAGCGGGAGGAGGACGAAGUGCUGGAUGCGCUCAAGCGGUAUGUGGAGCAGGACACGGUGGUGAAGGAGAUGCUGGAGCUCAACUUCUGCGUCUGGUUGGUUGUGCUAGAGAGGAUGGCAAAAGAUCAGCUUCCGGAAGGGAAGUUUGACGGGGUGAACGAAGGGAAGCGGGCGGAUUUGGCAAGUGUAAAGAAGGAGAACGACGUGUCGGAGAGGGACUUUGCGACCCUCGACCGUGUCAUGCGGGAGAAGCCGAACUUCCUGACGAUUGCGCUCGAAGGGGUGCUGCUCUUCAAGAACAAUGGGUCGGCCGGCUGGCUGGGGGCAAUGGGAUCGGAGCGAAGGGCGGCGCUAGUGCAUGCAGCAAUGAAACUGAAGCCGGAGCUGGAUGCGCUCCACCGACAGCGGCAGGCGACAAACCGGGAGCAAGCGGAGACGAAACUGAGGGAGGCGCGGGAAAGAGAGGCAGUGAAGAGGCGGAAGGAGGCGGAGGUAAAAGCGGAGCUUGUAGUGAAAGUGACGGCUUUGGGAGGUCUUUGGAAGUCGGAAGAAGAAGUUGAGAGUGGCCUGGAGCAUGUGGAGCUGCCGGCAGGGGAGUUGGGGGGGAGCUCCGACCGGAUUGCGAAACGAUUGGAGGCCGCACGGCUUGAAGCCGUCAAAGAUCAGCUGCGUUUUCGGAAGCAUGUGCUGAGCGAAACGUACACGGGUGAGGACAUCAACUUCACCGCUGCGGGAAAGGAGCUCGGGUUGGAGAUAAUGAAAGGCAAGCUGGUGGCCCUCCUCGCGGCGCUUGACAAGGCAGCAGGAAAGUCGACGGUUCCCAAUAGGCCGGAGCUUCGGCCUGCAGCGGAAAGAGGUGUAAACCUGAAGGCGGAGAAAGAAAAGUUGGCACCGGAGAUGGUGCCCGAAGUUGAUCGCGAACGAGAAAGGAAUGAGGCGAAAGAGAGGGCUGCUCGGAAGAAGCUGAUGUUGAAGUUGUUUCAAGAAGCGGCGGUGGAAAUCCGGCGGCGCGAGCGGAAGAAGGUAGAAGUAACCCGGAAAAGAUGCAACACUGCCGUUUUGAAUUGUUUGCCGCGCGCACAAGUUUGA